CCUAACCAUAUAAAACGGACCAAAACAUAGAAUCGAUUGAAAUUGAACGAAAACAGUGAGUUUUUUGUUCAUAUUUUAUUUCUUUUUUAGAGAAGAAAUAACUGUAUUUUCAAAAAAUGGUUUUGAGAUACGAUAGUCCUCAUUUGAAUAUUGCCGAGGUAGCCUGCUUGUACGCAGGUUUUCUGGGUCUUGGGACUUUGAAGGCCAUCAAGCAACAACGGCGGGGCUCUGAAACUUUGUCAAGGACAAGUCGCUUUGGUAAAGAACCUUUGAAAAUCGUCUCUUGGUGGAUUCUCGGUGUUGCUUUGACUUAUGUAAUUGAUAUCGCCAAUUUAGUCAUCUAUGCUUUGAGGACUCCUAAUUGGUGGCCCCAUAAGUCUUCCGUGGUGUGUCUUGUUUUGUCUCUACUCUUUUGGGGUAUCGUAUUAAUCAGCUGCACAGACACAUCUGAACUACCAAGAUAUGCCGAUUCCUUUUUCUCUGCUUAUAGGGUCAAUGUCUUAUAUGCUUGGUUAACGGAAGCAGUCUUUGAAUCCGUCUUCCUUGCAUUGACACCUAUCCCUGGUGAUACCUUUCAGGGCAUUCUUAUGGCUGAUCACCUGGCUCGUCUUCUUUUAUGUCUUUUUGCUUUUGCCAUUUAUGUAACUUAUCGUCGCAAGAGGCCUUCUCGUGACCCGAUGGAUUACGAAGAACGAAGAAUGUUUGAAAGCAGUAAUCAAUUGGAUCCAGAAUUCGCUCAAGAGCAAUCCUCCCAGUCGCUUCCCAAUGCCAAGAAAAACGGCUCUAAAAAACCAAAAAUAAAUACUUCUUGGAUUGCUUAUUUUAAAUCUUUCACCAUACUUUUCCCUUACUUAUGGCCCGUUAAAAACUUUAGACUGCAGUUUCAUGUCUUUGUUUGUGUUGCUCUGUUAGUUGUCGGAAGAAUAGCUAAUAUUCUUGCUCCUCGACAACUUGGUGUAGUUACAGAGAAACUUUCUCAAAACGAUAACGGUGUCCCCUGGCUUGAAGUUUUUCUUUUCGUUUUUUACCGGUUUCUCCAAGGAAAUAUGGGUUUAAUUGGUUCUUUGCGUUCUUUUCUGUGGAUUCCAGUUUCGCAGUAUGCUUAUCGUGCACUUUCUACGAAAGCUUUACAGCAUGUUCUUAAUCUGUCCUAUGAUUUUCAUCUGAAUAAACGAGGAGGUGAAGUCUUGGCUGCAUUAACCAAGGGAAGCUCCGUGAAUACCUUUGUUGAGCAACUUUUGUUUCAGAUUGGACCUGUUCUUACAGAUCUGGGUGUAGCGAUCAUCUAUUUUUUCAUCAAAUUUGAUGUUUAUUUCUCUCUUAUAGUACUUGUUAUGACGUUGUGCUACUGUUACGUUACUGUAAAAAUCACUUCCUGGCGUACCGAAGCCAGAAGAAGAAUGGUUAAUAGCUGGCGGGAUAGUUAUGGUGUUCAAAACGACGCCAUUAUGAAUUAUGAAACUGUUAAAAACUUCGAUGCUGAUGAUUUCGAAAAUCAUCGUUUCGGUGAUGCCGUAGAUGCGUACCUUCGUCAAGAAAAAACUGUUCUUUCUAGUCUCAGCUUCUUAAACAUUAUACAGGGUGGCAUUUUCACUACUAGUUUAUGUGUUGCUUGUUUGUUAAGUGCUUACAAAGUUUCUUAUGGAUAUAAUACAGUCGGUGAUUUUGUGGUACUCCUAACCUAUAUGAUGCAACUUCAACAGCCUCUUAACUUUUUUGGAACCUUAUACCGUUCUCUACAAAAUAGUAUUAUUGAUGCAGAGCGAUUACUUGAAAUAUUUCAAGAACAGCCUACUGUGGUUGAAAAGUGUGAUGCUACUCCUUUGAAGGUUACUGAAGGAAGAGUUGUAUUUUCAGACGUUUCUUUUGCUUAUGAUCCCCGUAAACCUGUUUUGUCAAACAUCAAUUUCGUUGCCGAGCCUGGUAAAGCAAUAGCCCUUGUAGGAGAGUCAGGCGGUGGAAAGUCUACUAUCAUGAGAAUUCUAUUGAGAUUUUUUGAUGUAAAUAAUGGAUCUAUAACUAUCGACGGUCAAGAUGUGCGAGACGUCACGUUAUCUAGCUUACGUUCGUCAAUUGGUGUUGUCCCUCAAGAUAGCAUUUUAUUCAAUGAUACUGUCAUGUACAACAUAAAAUAUGCUAAGCCAGAUGCUUCCAAUGAAGAAGUGUACGAAGCCGCUAAGGCAGCUCAGAUUCAUGACCGGAUUCUUGAAUUCCCUGACGGAUAUAAUUCCCGUGUAGGAGAGCGGGGUUUGAAACUCAGCGGCGGUGAGAAACAACGAAUGGCUGUAGCUAGAGCUAUUCUUAAAAACCCGACUAUAAUUCUGUUGGAUGAAGCUACUUCCGCACUUGACACGAACACUGAACGCCACAUACAGGCAUCUUUAAACAGGCUUGCCGCUGGUCGCACCGCUAUUGUGAUCGCCCAUCGAUUGUCUACUAUCACAAAUGCUGAUUUAAUUCUUUGUAUUAGCAACGGAAAAAUUGUUGAAACCGGUACGCACGAGGAUUUGCUUAAGCAUGAGAAUGGUGUAUACAAGAAAAUGUGGUUGCAACAGGCAAACAAAGAUCCAAGUUCAAAAAAGUUUUCAGUUGAGUAGUUUUUGUUUUCAAAAUAAUUAUUGAUGAUAAAGUUCUCUAAUAAUGUAACUUGACUACGUCUCUAG